CGUAACAAGCUGUCAACGAAAGGAUUUCAUCACUGAAAAAAUAAAUAUUUCAUCUUCAUCAAAAAUUAUCAAUAUUCCAGCUGCUGAAAGUAAAGCGAUAAAAUUCAGUCAUACGUUUCUUUCAAUCGUUUGAAUUUUUCAAGAAAUCGAACAUGAUGUAAAAUCAUCUUCAAAAGGACUUCACUUUGUGCUUCACGCUUCAAAACGAGAUCAAGUGGAUCGUUAUGUGAUACUUUUUUUUGUAUCAGUUCAAAUUAUCGACAAUUUUUCGUUGUCGACGGUGCAAAUUGCGCUCUUCAAUGUGCUUCUGCAGUGUAAAUUUUUUGCUUUCUUCAGAUAACAAAUGUAGAGGCAGAAGCGUACGUCUGAAGGUUUAACCACUUGCGCUGGCAACUGAUUGCGGACCAUAACGAGUGCUCAAACCUUUUUCCUUCUUAACACAUCACUGGAUAGAAAUUAUUCAAAGACGAACAAAUGAUAACUACAAUUCUGAUCGGUUUAUGUGUGGGAUUUUCUGAUGGUUUACGUGGACCUCAUCAUCCACGAAGCCCUGUCUCUCACCACCAUUACGCCCCGCAGAAAGAUGUUAAAAUAACACAAGAUGCGGAACUACUACAGGAUGCUACCCACUUGAAAGAAGACAUGGGGUCAAUGGCAGAGCAAUUGGACUUUUCGAAUAUGACCGAACAGGAAAUCGAAUUUCAUUACUUUAAAAUUCAUGAUAUCGACAAUAAUGCUAAAUUGGAUGGAUUAGAGAUUCUUUAUGCCAUUCAACAUACCUUUCACGAGAACAGACUCGCCGAAGCUGAACGUGAAAGUUCGAGUGAAAAUAUCAGAACUAUGGAGUACCAAGAUGAUUUGCCUUGGAUCGUAGAACUUGUAGAUAGAGUACUGAGGGAAGAUGACUUGGAUCAUGAUGGAUAUCUAGGAUAUAUUGAAUAUGUACUUGGAAGACAAAGAGAUCACAUUGCUCAAGCGAAACGGAAUACCAAAUUGGACAAUUAAAAGUACAUCUCAUGCAAUGCCUUUGGUCAAUAUAUGAAUAUAAAAGAUAUAUGAAUAUAUGAAUAUAUAAAAGAAUUCUAUGUAACACAAAUUUAUGCUGAAAACAUAUACGAAAUAAGAUUUUUUGUUUCUUUCUAAUCAACUUAUGUAUAACAUUGUCUUCUACUGAAAUGUACAAAUACUGUAAUUUUUAAUACAAUCAAUUUUAAUCUGUAAAA